AUGUUGCCGUCUAUGCCAAUACUGUUUACAAGGGAAAGUCAAGAUGCAUUUGGCAAUAAAAUUGAGCCGAGCACUAGUUUUUUCGGUCAAAGUUCUGUUCCAAAAACCGCCAUUAAUCCAGAACCACCUCCUCAGAAACAAGAGGUGCAAAUACAGAAUGCGCUAGCAAAGGAGAUAGAGAUAAAAGAUAAUAUAAAGAAAAAGAAUGAACCACCAAAAUUGGAUGAAAAUGCAUUAGAGAAAGCGCUUGUCAGAGCCUAUUACAAGAAAAUACAAUUAAGAUUUUCUACAAAUUCUACGGUUUCCACAAACAAAUUUGUACAAUUUCAAGAGAUUUUGAAAAAUUUUGAUCCUGUUAGGGAAACUCCUGUUGAACUGUACAAAAAGAUAGAACAUUUAUUUGGUGAGGAACAUAAGGAUAUUGUAGAGGAAUUUCUACUCUUUUUAAAGCCUGGACAGGCAGCACAAGUUGGUAGAUUUAUGGACCAUUUCAUGUUGGUACAAAUGACUAAUUUUAUAAACAAAUUACAAACGACGUUCAGCAGGAAGCCGACCGUGCUGCGGAAGAUACUGCGCGCCAUCACUAGCGCUGUGGCCAGCGGCAGCAGCGAGGGUGUCAAAGCGCGCGUUCUGCCCCACCUUCGCUCCAGCCCGCGCCUCAUUGAGAUGUUCAGAUCCCUGUUCCCGGACGAGCGGCCGCCCGACAGUUUAUACGAAAAUGGCACGGACGUAAUGGCCGACAGCUUCUUAACAGCAGACAGGGGUUACGAUGUUUGGGAGUUUGAAGACGAGAACGACAGCAAACGGAAUUUAGAGGCGAAAGAGAACAUGGACGCGGUGUACAUACAGGGCAGGGUUUUCCUGCAACACGGUAGAAUGCUACGUUCGGCAUCAGUCACUUAUCCAUACAGCAAGGAGCCGUACAGAGUGCACGCGCGACGCCUCGCGCCGCCCCACUGCCACGCCACCCCGCCGGACUCCGAAGAGGAGAGGUCAUCGCCGAAGAGGAAUAGCAAGAACUCCUGCAAGAUCCCGCCCAAGAAGCAGAAGAAACAACUCAAGUCGCCAACGAAGAACGCUAAAGACGUGAACGACAACACAAAGCACAAGGAAUGCACCGGCUCCCUAAACAGAACGGUCAAAGGCAAGGCGAUCGCGAAAAACAAAAGCGCCAAAGACAAGAGAGAGUUGGAUUUGAAAGAUGUCAAAAGAGACAAGAGGGUGGAGAGAUUGGACGCGAAGAACACAUUUCCAAAGAGGGAGGAGGCUUCGAGGGUCAGACAAAACAGAAUAGACGCGACGGCGAAAGAGGAAACGAGAAGAUGGACUAGGGAAGAAGAUAAAACUAUGCUAGAGGUGCUAAAGGGAGAGGCCAGUUCUGAGCAAGUGUUUGGCCGAAUCAGGGAACUGUUGCCGCAUCGUUCAGUGACCGAAAUCAAGGAGCGAUUCUGCCACGUGAUGAAUUUGUUGCAUAAAAUGGCGGUCGGUGAAGUAACG